CCAGAAUUCUGAAAAGAUAAACUGAAACUCGAUUAUAAUAUAAUAAUUGAAUUUAUUUUUUAUCAAGGUUAUAUCAACAUAUUCAAUAUUCAAGAAUAUUUACUGUGCUUUGAUUCUUUAUGUUUUGAGUGUUCAGUGUUUAUAAACAUUUUCAAAGUUCAGCAAAAAAAAAAAAUAAAAGUGAAGUAAUAAUGACUCAGAGAAGAGAUAAGAGAAUGUAACCUUAAAAAAGCAUUGAGAUGUUAUUGAAUUCUUGUUUGAGUUUUGAUUAUUAUGACUAUUCAUCUGUGUAUACCUUAUUUUUAUCAUAAGUGUAUGAGUAUUUGCCAGUCAUACACGUAUAGGAAUUUGCAAAGGUGCAUUGUAAGAAAUCACAUUAUUAUUUAAAGGUGAUAAAAAAUUACUCGAGUAAUAUUCAUUAUAAAAUUCAUCAAAUGAACUUGACAUUCCAGUUAAAAUAAAUUUAAAAAAUCAUUUUUAUGUCGUGAUAAUUCCGUUUGUUACAAGAAUUUUACGCGAAAAAUCCAUAAAACUAACCUAAAACGAUAAUAAAAUCGGCGAACCGAAAGGUUGUACCGUUUUUUCGUCAUAUGUCAGUAAAAUUUUAGCUGUUGCAAAUUAUUUACAUUGCGAGCAUACCUCGCACAUUGUCUGUGUGCUUAACAGAUCAUAUAAAAAUAAGUUUAACGUCAUUUAUUAUCUAUUAAUCAAAUACAUCACUAACUGACAGAUGAAAAUAGAGUGGAUAAACACCAGAGACUCUUCAUUAUCAUGUUUAGAUGCCACGUAAAAAAUUUUUGAAAAUUUGUGGCUAAGAAAGUGGCCUGAGAAAUCUGUGGGAAUGGGAAAUUGUCUGUGCAACGACGGCCAAGAGGAUCAAGAAACUAAUCAUCGGAAUAAUGUAACUUCAGACAAUUCUGUAUUGUCACCUAACUGCAAUGAAAGUCACUGUGUAAGCGAUGCAUCUUCUGGGUUCAAGUUUCCUACAUCAGCUCACAUUGACAAACUGGUCCUGGAGACUUUGGGAGUCAUUGGAGUCCUUGUUGAUAAUGAUCAAGAACCACCGCCAUCAAUGCUAAAGCUUCAUGCAAUAGCUGAUAAAGAAGAAGGAUGGAUUCAAGUAGUCAGUUCGAUGGUGAAUGUUAUCCCCAUGCACAGUCCAUUAGGUCCUUCAGUCAUUACUUUAUUACUUGACGAUUGUCCUCUUCCGUCGAAGGAUACUGUUUUGAAGCUUUCGCAAAUGUUUCAAUUGUCUCAAAAGACUGGAAAGGUACAAACAAGCAUAACUCAACAGAGAAAUAUUUGUGUGGUGCUUGGUUGCAUUGCAGAAAAAUUAGCAGGUCCUAGUAGUAUAGCUGUCCUUUCAAAAGCAACUUUAGACUACCUCGUAUCGAAUCUUAAUGAAAAUGAAGAGCCACACGUGAUACUAUACUCAUUGAUUGCUUUGGAAAAAUUUGCUCAGACAAGUGAAAAUAAAUUGACGAUUCAAAAGAGACUUAUGGAAGAGAAGGAGCAUCCACUGUUAGCUUUAGAAAAAUGGGCAGAUGAAACUCAUUAUGUGAAACGACAAGUUGGUUUCUCUUCUCAGUGGUGCUUAGAUAAUUUAUUUUUGAUAGAAGGUAGAAAAUAUUCUCAUGACACUGUCGAUUUAACGGGAAUUAAUGUAAUGUUGAAUACAAAGGACGUAAGUGAGUACCUGAAAAUAUCGCCGAAUGGUUUAGAAGCGCGCUGUGAUGCAUACUCUUUUGAAAGUGUACGGUGUACCUUUCAAGUUGAUUCUGGAGUUUGGUAUUAUGAAACUCUUAUCAUGACCACUGGAGUUAUGCAGAUUGGUUGGGCAACGAAGAAUAGCACUUUUUUGAAUCAUGAAGGAUAUGGUAUUGGUGACGAUGCUUAUUCUUUAGCUUGUGAUGGUUGUCGAAGACUUAUUUGGCACAAUGCACGUAGUGAAAAAUAUCACGAUCGCCCGCCCUGGAAAGCUGGAGAUAUUCUUGGAUGUCUUUUAGACUUGAAUAAGUUAGAAAUAAUAUUUUAUAUUAAUGGUAUUCCAUUGAAACCUUGUGUGCAAGUGUUCAAAACAGCCAGAUCAGGAUUUUAUGCUGCUGCCAGCUUUAUGUCCUUUCAACAGUGUCUUUUUAACUUUGGCAAUGUGCCUUUUAAAUAUCCGCCAACAGAUCGAGAAUUUAAGAAGUUUAAUGACCAUGCUAAAUUGAAUCCAGAAGACAAAGUAGUUUUGCCUCGGCAUAUUUAUUUAAAUCAGCUAAGAAAAUUAAGUGUAAGAGAAGAUUCUUGUACCUUAUGUUAUGAUCAAAAAGCCUCCGUUAGGCUGUUACCUUGUGAUCAUAGAGGGUUCUGUCAAACGUGUCCUACUCAACUGGUUGAAUGUCCGAUGUGUAGAGCGACAAUAGAAGAAGUGGCUGUUGAAUUAGAGAAUGUGUGACAUAAUUACCACUAACUAGCAUUUAAAUAAUUGCUAAGAAUUAUAAAAUUUAUCAUUUUCAUUAUUUUCUCUAACAAAUUACACACAUCCGCGCUAUUUUACAAACACGUCAACGAAAAAUAAUAAAUCACAAAUAAUUAUUCUUACUAACAGGAAGAUAAAAUAAAAAAGGUAAGCUAUUAUCUAACAUGCAUUCCUUUUCUCUUCUUAAUCAGCAGUAUUUUGACCACAUAACGAAUAAAAAAAAAACAAAGAAAUAUUGAUUAAAAUUUUAUUCAAAUUAAUAAAUGAAAUAAUUAAUAUCAUUUAACUAUGUAAAUGAGAAAUAUUAUUUUCUCAAUUGACUGCCGUGACAAAAAUUCAUUAUGUAUUUCACGAAAUAGUUUAAACAUGAAUAUAACAUUAUUUUUGAAUUAAUGAGUGAUGAAAUAAAAUAUUAUGCAUUUAUAUUAAUAAUAAAAUUAUAUUUUAAAAAUCACUUGUGAAUGAAAAUAACUAAUGUCUUUAAGAGUCGAGAGUACUUUAAUCUUAAUUUGUUGGAUUAAGAGAGUGUAUAAACACAUAAUUGAUUCUUUGCACUCUAAUAUUACUGUUAUUAACAUAGUUCCGACAUAAACUAUUCAAUGUGAAAUUCUUAUUAAAUUUAAUAUUGAGUUAAAAUUAAUUUCCACAUUCUUUGUAAUUGUAAUCAUUUUAGAGUUCAAAUAUUUCUGGCUCAAAUUUUAAUUCUUUCUAGAAUAGAAAAUUCAGAAGACAGAUAAAAUGAGAUAUUACUGAUAAAUAAAGAUAAUUUUAUCUAUCGUAACUAAAUCAUUUACUUGUAAAAUAUUAAAUAGCAGUAAACAAGAAGUCUUUAAGAAUCACUAUUAAGUUUAAAGAACAAAAAAGUAUAUAAAAAUCUAUAUACACAUUAUAUUCUUGGGAGGAUAUAAA